AAUUAGAGAGAUCGUGGCAAGCAACACUGGAUCCAGCAACGCAACGUCUACGAGUUCUUCUCGAAUAUCCUCAUACAUCUACAUCAUGAAGGGAAUCGUCGCUCUGUUGCUCCUCGGCCUCGUUGCCGCAGCUCCGCUCGAACAGGAUGACCGUCCCACCAAGUCUGUCUCCCGUCCGGCUCUGCCUAGCCUGACGGGGCGGCCCAGUGGACCACCCGAUCGCCCCACGGGCCGGCCUCAGCCUCCUGACCGGCCUCAACCCACCGGCCGUCCUGGUCGUCCCACCGACCGGCCCCAACCUACGGGCCGUCCCGGUCGCCCAACUGGCCGACCGCAGCCCACCAGUCGCCCGGGACGUCCUACCGGUCGACCCCAACCAACUAGUCGCCCAGGACGCCCCACCGACCGGCCGCAGCCCACUGGCCGCCCGGGUCGUCCUACUGAUCGACCCCAGCCCACUGGCCGCCCAGGUCGUCCUACUGAUCGACCCCAACCCACUGGCCGCCCACUGCCUACUGGUCGCCCGACUGGUCGGCCCUCCCCUACUAGCGGCGGUCCGUUCCCUUUACCAUCUCCCGUUAAAGCAGCAGAGUUCGCGUCUAACUAAUUCAUCUUGCAGAGGCCGAUUUCAUCCUGCCGACGGAGCC